UUAUACUGUUAUAAUUUUUAGAGGGACAUAUUUGUGAUGGUAAAAUUGAAAAAAUAAGCAGUUUUCUAACAGUUCUCUAAUGGUAACAAAUUAGAAAGAUAUAACUGAAAAUAUUAGGAUUUUUGUAAAAAUAAUUUAUAAAUAUUGAAUUUUAUAGAAAUAUAUCUGUAAGUCAUUAUGUUUGCAAGAAUUUGUAUGCAAUUAACCCUAUUAAGUAAAAAAAAAAGAAAAAAAAAAAAGAAUGGGAUUGGAGAGGGUAAAAGUGGGAAGGGGUGAUGAUAUGAUAGGCUAAGAGCUUGCUUGAGCUUGAUGGAUAAAAAAAAAUAGAGUUAAGACCAGCCCCCAACUAUUAAGGAAAUUAGAAACUCAUCCUUUUGAGUAGCUUAGCUUUCCAUUUAGGAAAUUUGGAAGGUCCCUGUGGGGCCGUUUCAAAAUUCACUAUAGUUGAGGGGGUCUCCCUCUCUACAUUUUUUUUGUCUUAGGAAUCAAAUUAAAUCAUGUGAAUUUGGGACGCGUCGUAGUUUAGGUGAGAAAGUCACGGAUAGAUGUGGACGCGGGCGGUGGGUUAGGGAUGACCUCUUUAGUAGGAAAUUAAUUAAAUUAAUUUAUACUUUAUUUUACGUAGUAACCCAUAAUAAUAAUAAUAAUAAUAAUAAUAAUAGCUUAUAUAAGGUGAGAACGACAUGAAAGACAAAACAAAUAUAAUUUCUUAUCGGGUAAGGCUCCGUUUGGGAUAGUAUGGAAAUUGUAUCAUACACAAUUUAAAAAAAUGUAUAAAAUAAUAAUUAAUUUAUUUUUAUAAAACAAGAUUAUAUUGUCGGUACCUAAGAUAUAUGUUUUAUGGUCAUACAAAAAAAAAACAAAAAAAAAACGGAGAAGUAAAAUUCUGAAUAUUUUUAUUCCAAUUUCGUUUUAUUUUAUAGUGUUGGGUGUAACUUGUCACAGAACAGUUGGAUCAUGUAGUUGGGAACAAAUUGUAUGCGAACAACUUUGCGUUAUAAAAUAUAAUUGAAAAAAAAUUAAAUCGCGUCAAUCGAAAACAUUCAUGUUAGGGGUCUAUUUCAAAAUUGGCUAUAGCUAUCGAUUGUCCCUAACGCAAGUGGCUACGGAUUUAGUGGUUGGCAUCCGAGAUUCUAAGUUCAAAACCUAGUUGAUUCAUAUUUUUAGCUAAAUUUAUUUCUAAAUGAAAUAAACAAAGCGAGUAGUAUAUUACUUAUCUCUCAAAAAAAAAAAAAAAAAGUCUAUAGCUGUAGGUCUUGCUAAUUUUUUUCCCCACUAUUGGUAAUAAAUGUGCGAAAUUUGUUGGUGCACAUAGAUUGGCAUCAGAAGAAAGAAAAUAGAAGAUCAUAGGAUCACUUAUGUGGCAGAUGAAUUUUUCAAGUGUGUAUGUGUUUAUAUUAUACAUAUAUAUAUGGGACAUGACUUUUAAAAUUUCAAGCAUGCAGUAUCCAAUAUUUGAGUAGCCCAGAAUCUUGUAAAAUUAUAUUCAGGACCACUGAUUGGUUACCUAUCCACCACAUUGCUUUAAUCCAAAGAGAGAAUCCUUUUGCUCUUUACAAAAGCUAGUUUACUUAUUAUACAUCCCCCAGGGUCUUCACUCACCAUUUCUCACUUCCUAAGUUCUUUCAAACUCUCCAACCAUAAAAACUCUCUCUCUCUCUCUCUCUCUCAUCAACACUAUGGCUCAAAUGAUCCAUGGCUUCAUCACCCUUUUUGCCUUAUCCCUUCUAGUAGUAGCCCUCACAAUGAGCCCUACCUUUGCUGAACAACCCGGCAAAAGCGAAGGCGAAGGCGAGGGCGAGGGCGAGGGCCUCACUCUUGAGCUCAUUCACAGAUACUCCAUUCGCUCCCCGUUGUACUCUCCCAACCUCACAACGGUCGAAAUGAUCAAACAGCUCGUCGAGAUUUCCGACCGCCGAUACUUUGAGAUCGCAAUGUCGCUGGCCCACGGGUCUCGCCUGAUGGGGGUGCGGCCGAUCGUGGCACACGAUAAGUGGCUGUACAUGGUGAAGCUCGGCAUUGGGAAUCCGCCGACCUUCACGCGCUUGCACCUUGACACGGGAAGCAACAUAAUGUGGACACAGUGCGCACCAUGUCGGAGUUACUUCCCGCAGCUCCCGCCAUUGUACUGGCCGGCCAAGUCGAGAACGUACCGCACACUACCCUGCGACCACCGCCUUUGUGCCGGGUACCCGUGCAUCAACAACAAGUGCCACUACGAGAUGAAGUUCUUUGACGGCACCUACACCAAAGGGAUUAUAGCGGCCGAGCGUUUCACGUUCGCGUCCAACCUCGGCGGCCGCUCCGAGGCUGUCGACGGCGUGGGCUUCGGUUGCUCCAAAGAGAGCAGCUCAGACAUGUACCCUAGAACCCAGGCAGUCAGCGGGAUUCUCGGCUUGGGUUCCGACGUACGGUCCUUCCUGAUGCAGCUCGGAGACCGAGCGAAGGGCCGCUUCUCGUAUUGCUUGGUCCCCCUAGAACACACCGGCCAGAGCUAUCUUCGAUUCGGUACUGACGUCGAGCGAAUAAAACAUGCGCAAACCACGCCCAUCCUACCGAAGCACGAGCUCGAAGUGUAUUCUCUUGAGCUGAAGGAUCUCAGCGUCGACGGUCGUUUGCUUCGUUUGCCGCCAGAUACUUUCAAGGUAAACCGCAAUGGCACCGGCGGUUGCAUCAUAGACUCGGGUUUAUCGGUCACUUUCAUGAUCGGAGAGGCGUUCGAUGCUUUGGUUCAUUCUUUGGAGGAGUAUUUUCAAAACUAUGAUCUUCGAAAGAUCGAGGAUCCGAGGGACACGGGCUUGGAACUGUGCUACAAGAAGCCGAGGGGCUUCUCGUCUUACCCGACGGUCGGGUUUCACCUCCGAGGGGCCGUUUUUCGGCCGAAGGCCAAGAGUGUCUUCUUGAUCGACGAGGCGCUGGGCACGUUCUGCUUGUUUGUGAGGAAAGGGGAGUUUACGCUCCUCGCGGCCGUUCUGCAGCAGAACUUUCGGAUGGUGUUCGAUGUUCGAAAGCGCAAGCUAACUUUCGCCGAAGAGAAUUGUGCGCGAGAUUGAGAGAGUGAACGGUUGCAAAACUUUAUAAUGAGCUCUAAUAAAAGGUAAAUGAUGUUUCAUUCUAA